CCGUAAUCAAGUUCAACAGUAAGUUACACCAAUCUUCUUUACUACACACUUCGUUUUCUCUGUCAAGAGGCAGCUCUUGAUCACGCAUACGAACUUGCUCAACAAUCUCCUCGCAUAACCGACAUUGGGAUGACCUUUUGCGUACUUCAGCCAAUCGACCAAGAGUUUUCCUUUUAUCUGCACGUCUGUCGACGUGACCAUGCUCAUAAAACUCUGGAGGUCUCAGUUUCUUGCCAAGUUUGCCAAGUUCUCAUCAGUAUAGUCUCUAUCGUCUUCGAGGCGCUCGUCUGGAGCAUAAGAUGUUGGGAGGCCCAAGUGGUUAAGUUCGUAUUCAGGAGAUGUUUGAUAGCGCCAACCGGUUUGUAUAAAGGAAUCGAUUCUGAGAUUCAGGUUUCGACAUGUUCGACAGAGACGGCCGUGAGAAGUCGACAUUUUGAUUGACACAUUCGCUUGACAUGAAUGUGGUAUUUUACAUUCUUCGUUGUUCCUAUCAGCUGCGGUGUCUGUCAACAGUGGCGUGACAAUGCAGGUAGGUAGCCGUAGGUGGAGUGGGGUAGACAGAUUGUGUAGGCAAAUAUCGUCGGUUCGAGGCUAGAGGUCUCAACAAACAGCAAUCGUCAUGACGGAAAAUCCCAGUCCCAAUCCAUCGGCGGAUUCGACAGAUCUGGAGAGAUUGUUGGCAUCGGUGGCUGCUGGAUCUAUCAAUCUCAAUGUCAGCAUUCAGUACCAAAAGCCGCUGUCGCGCAAAGGAUGCGGUCCGCCGCUCAUCAUUGUCGUGCCGGAGUUGAGGACCUCAAGUCAGCAGAGUCAGCCGGAGCUUGAAGAUAACGGCAAAGGGAAAGGCCCAGCUGUUACCCCACCCCCACCACCAUCACCUCUUUCUUCUACAAAGAAAUGGGCUGAGGAAGGUUUUGCUGUUGUUGAGUACCAACCAUCUCCAUUUGAUGCCUAUGAUUGGAUUGAUGUCAUUCUCAAGAAGGCCAUCGCGGCGCUGGAUCAAUCCCCCGGGUGCGAAGGCGAAAAGAUAGGGCUGAUUGGUAUGUGCAUGAACACCAAAAACAGUAGCAUUAUACAUGUAUCUUUACACAAACAUACAAUCUCACUUAUAUACUAACCACAAUCACCAUCAGUAUAUAACACAGAAUUCUGGAAUCCCAUAGCAGGUGUGCUCGCCGACAACCCGAGACUCGUUGCAGCGGUGGGUUAUGGAGCCUACGGCAACGAAACGUCGGAUGAGAUGGUUGACUACCCUAUCCCCCACAUCUUUCACUUCGCCAGCCAGGGGAAGGAAUGUGAAGAUGAAGAGGGUGAUGAAAAGAUCUCAAACAAGAUAAUCCACGAGUAUCCCCAAACCCUGCAUGAAAGCUUUGCGGAUCCGCUCAGUCCCAACUUCCACCCCUCAGCCGAAGCCAUUUCUCACUCGAAAAAUUUGGCCUUCUUGAAGAAGCAUCUUGGCGGUCCGUACUUUGAUCUGGAGGCUAUAUGGGAUGAGCACACUAAGUUCGAGUUUGGCGAGCGUGACGUGGAGAAGACGAUGGCUACAAUGGUCGAGGAACCUUACGUCAAUCAUAUCCCAACUGUAUGGUUAUCGUGCAGAAAUGACGGAACCGAACGCUGAUAAUAGCUCGCAGAUGACCGGCGGUAUUGGAGGAGACAGGCUGGCAAACUUCUACCGUUGCCAUUUUAUUUUCAGCAAUCCUCAUGAUACCGAAUUAGAUCUAGUUACUCGAACAGUAGGAAUUGAUCGUGUGGUUGACGAGUUCGUUUUCUCCUUUACACAUACCAUGCAGAUAGAUUGGCUGUAAGUCUUUCUCUCCUUUACACCACCACCCAUUGACAAAUACAUAGUUUACCGGGAAUCCCACCAACGGGCCGUAAAGUCCGAGUUCCCUUCACCUCUGUGGUCAAUGUACGUGGAGACAGGCUAUAUCACGAACACAUUGCCUGGGAUCAAGCAUCUGUUCUCGUUCAGUUAGGUCUAAUGCCUGUGUAUUUGGAUUUUCCGUAUCCACUACCAGAUGGAACCAUGCCAGGGCCUGGCAAGAAGUUUCAAUAUCGAGUACCAGCUGCGGGCCUCGAUACCGCCAAAAAGCUUCUGGAUAAAAACAGUGUUCCUUCAAAUGGGAUGUUUGAUUUCAAGAUUCGAGAGGUGGAUAUUUAA